AUGCCUGAAUCUGGAACCUGCACCUCCAUCAUCAACUUGCGCUACCAAGAUGGCAGUGAGGGGAGCCCCUCCAACCCUGCCAAGUUCAACAACCAAGACUAUGCCCAGCUGAGAGACUACUGGCUCCGCAGAGGGAAACCCUUUGUCGACGGAACCUUCCCACCUAGCAACCAGUCUCUGGGAGACCUGCCUAAUUUGAGCAGCUGGCAGGAGGAAAAAGUGGAGUGGCUUCGACCAGCUGAAAUCUUGAAAAGACAACACAGCAAUGAUGAGCCCACCUUCUGUAUGAAGGGAGCCUCACGCUUUGACUUCGGUCAAGGCCGGGUUGGUAACUGCUGGUUUCUGGCUGCAAUAUCCUCACUGACGUUCCAGAGAAACCUGAUGGCGCAAGUUGUGCCUAUGGACCAGUCCUUCGAGAACUAUGCAGGAAUAUUUCACUUCAGGUUCUGGAGGUUUGGCAAGUGGGUGGAUGUUGUCAUUGACGACCACCUGCCAACCAUCAACAACCAGCUGCUGUCCGUGCACUGCAAAGGAGGAAAUGAGUUCUGGGUCCCUCUGCUGGAGAAAGCAUAUGCAAAGGUGUGUGGUUCGUACGCAGACAUGAACGCUGGCUUGCCAUCAGAGGCUUGCAAGGAUUUCAGUGGAGGGGUGAACAUGACUUACCAGCUCAGGGAGGCCCACUUUGUAGGCCACGAUGUUGACCUGUGGCUCUCACUUAGCAGAGCCACUGGGUGCAAGUCAAUGAUUUGCUGCGGGACUCCCCCAAAAGGGGGUAGUUUAGUGAACACUGUAGCCCACACUGGAUUGGUGGACGCACAUGCCUACUCUGUCACAGCUGUCACUGAGGUCGAGUAUUACGGCUCCAAAGUGAAGCUGGUGCGAGUCAUGAACCCCUGGGGCACACAGGAGUGGAACGGAAAGUGGAGUGACAAGUCAGAUAUGUGGAAUAAAGUGAGGCCAGAAGAUCGGGAGAAGUGUUUUGAUCGCGACGAUGGAGAGUUCUGGAUGGAGCUGGAGGACUUCUGUCACUAUUUUAGCAUGAUGUCCAUCUGCUGUGAGAACCCCAACUUUAUUGACGGUGACCUCACCUGCCAAUGGAAAUGCAUGAUUUAUGAGGGCAGCUGGGUGGCAGGGAGAUCUGCAGGUGGCAACGUGAAUUCCUCUACCUUCGAGACAAAUCCUCAGUAUCGCAUCCAGGUGUCUAUCAUAAACAAGGAGGAGCCAGAAGACAAAAACAUCUUGCUUUCUCUGAUGCAGAAACCUCAGCAGCAGUAUCGCAAGAAGACACGGUUCUACUCAAUUGGACUUACCGUCUUUAAGCUUCCACCAGGGACCCCCCAAGGACAGCUGAGAUCCUCCUUCUUCGACAGAAACAGGCCUAUGAAGCAAAGACAGAUUUACAGUGAUGAAAGGGAACUGAUUGAGUUGCACUGUCUGGAGCCUGGAGAGUACGUGAUCGUCCCCUCCACCAUGAGAGCCUACACAAAUGCAGACUUUGUUCUCACCAUCUACACCAAGGCCGAGGCUAAGAUCAGUCCCCAUGAUGGACAUGAUGAUGACGAUGAUGAUGAUGAUGACAACCAUGAGCACGAAGAAGAGGAAAAACUCAUUCUUCCUGAGAUCCCCAGCAAGCCCAAGGACGAGGACACCGACAAGGAUCCCACCCGUGCCUUGUUCAACCGCUACACUGAUCAGAAUGGUGAGCUGAGUGCCAGACAGCUCCAGAAGCUCAUGAAUGACAACUUCCCUCACGGGACCUGGUACGGCUUUGGUCUAGAUACCUGCAGGAGCAUGAUUGCUAUGGUGGAUACUGACCAAAGGAUGACGAUGACCUUCACUGAAUUCUCAGUUCUCUGGGAGAAGAUUCUUGAAUACAAGAAACUCUUCCAACGCUCUGAUUUGAAUCAGAGUGGAUCUCUGUCUGACCAUGAGCUCCGGAAGGCAAUUGAGGCUGCAGGGAUGAAUGUGAACGAUGGCUUGGUGAGGCUGAUGAUUUUCCGGUAUUCGGGUGUCUCAUCUACCUCCUUGGAGAACUUCAUCGUUCUCAUGUUGCGCCUGGAAAAAACAUCAAAUGUUUUCAAGGACAAAUCAUCUGAUGGAGUGAUCCACCUGACCUGGGAUGAGUGGUCCAUCAUCUCCCUGUACAACUAG